GCGGUGAGGACCGACGCCGAAGGGAACACAACUGACGAAGGCUUUGCUCUCUGAUCUUCGGGAUGAAUAUUCUGGUGCUGCUUUCCCUGGCGGGCGUGGCUGCCUGUAGCACCUCCCUCAUCGGGGCGGACCGAGCCAGGGACGUGGAGCUGCAGUACACCUUCGUCAACGACGCCGGGAAAGAGGUGAGGGUGGAAGUCGAGGCCGAGCGCCUGGGCCUGUCCCUCCGGAAGCAACCCGACUCGGAGCUGGACGUCGAGAAGGAGGUCAUUUCCGACGGCGAGGAAGCUUCUCCUGUCGACGCCGCUGACGCCCCGGCAGCGAAAGCCGCGGCGCGACCACGCUUGGCUUCCGCCGCCACGUCUGUCGUCCGAUCUCGCCUUCCUCAGGCCAAGGCCGCCCCUCGAACUCGCCUCGUACAAGCUGCUCCUCGGAGACAAGUGGAAACACGCUUCGUUCAAGUGGGAGCCGUUCCUGCUCCUCAGCCUGAGGUGGAGACACGCUUCGUUCAGGUUCCUGCUCCUCGCCGCGAGGUGGAAACACGUUUCGUCCAAGUAGAGGCCGUUCCUCCUCCUCGUCGCGAGGUGGAAACGCGCUUCGUCCACGUCCCCGUUUCCCAGCCAGAAGUGGAAACCCGUUUCGUCCAAGUAGAAGCUGUCCCUGAACCUUACGAAGUGGAAACGCGCUUCGUCCAAGUGGAGGCCGUUCCUGCUCCUCGCCGCGAGGUGGAAACCCGUUUCGUCCAAGUAGAUGCCGUUCCUGCUCCUCGUUCAGGUUCCUGCCCCGCGAGGUGGAAACACGUUUCGUCCAAGUAG